CCGGCCCGCAGGGCCAUGAAGCUGCAGGCCGUGAUGGAGACGCUCCUGCAGCGGCAGCAGCGGGCCCGCCAGGAGCUGGAGGCCCGGCAGCCCCCGGCGCCCCCGCCGCCCGCGCCGCCCGCGCCCGCCGAGCUCCCCGCCGGCCCCCCGGCCCGCGCCAGGGCCGCCCCGGACGAGGACAGGGAGCCGGAGAAGGCCCGGAUGCAGCGGGCCCAGAUGGCCGCCCUGGCCGCGAUGCGGGCGGCCGCCGCGGGCCUCGGACCGGCGCCCAGCCCCGGCGGCUCGGAGGACGGGCCCCCCGGCCUGGAGGACGAGGACGCGGCCCGGGAAGGCGCUCCGGGCUCACCGGCCCCCGCCGGCCGAGGCAGGGAGGCGCCGGGACACGGCGAAGGCGACGGGCACUUUGAGGACGUGGGCUCCGACGGUGACCUGAAACCGAAAUGGGAGGAGGAGGAGGAGGAGGAGGAGCUGGAGGAAGACCUGGAAGAGGACGAGGAGGACGAGGACGAGGAGGAGGAGGAGGACUACGAGGACGAGGAGGUGCUGGGGCCCCUGGGCUCCCCCGGCCUGGGCCCCGCAGCCCUCGUGCCCCACAGGGCCCCGCCGUCCCAGGCCUUCCGCGGCGACAGCGGGCCGCGGGCUCUGGGGGGCCAGGAGCGUCAGGGAGCCAGCCUGGCCCACGCCGGUGGGACAGCCCAUGUGGUGCCCCCGCUGCAGCCGCCCGACCACGGGGACUGGACGUACGAGGAGCAGUUCAAGCAGCUCUACGAACUGGACGGGGACCCCAAGAGGAAGGAGUUCCUGGACGACCUGUUCAGCUUCAUGCAGAAGCGAGGGACGCCCGUGAACCGCAUCCCCAUCAUGGCCAAGCAGGUGCUCGACCUGUUCAUGCUGUACGUGCUGGUGACGGAGAAGGGCGGCCUGGUGGAGGUCAUCAACAAGAAGCUGUGGCGCGAGAUCACCAAGGGCCUCAACCUGCCCACGUCCAUCACCAGCGCUGCCUUCACCCUGCGGACCCAGUACAUGAAGUACCUGUACCCCUACGAGUGUGAGAAGCGCGGCCUGAGCAACCCCAACGAGCUCCAGGCCGCCAUCGACAGCAACCGGCGGGAGGGCCGGCGCCAGAGCUUCGGCGGCUCGCUCUUCGCCUACUCGCCGGGCGGCGCCCACGGCAUGCUGUCCUCGCCCAAGCUGCCCGUGCCCUCCCUGGGCCUCGCCGCCAGCACCAACGGCAGCUCCAUCACCCCGGCCCCCAAGAUCAAGAAAGAGGAGGACGCCGCCAUCCCCAUCACCGUCCCCGGCCGCCUGCCCGUGUCCCUGGCGGGUCACCCCGUGGUGGCAGCCCAGGCGGCGGCAGUGCAGGCGGCGGCAGCGCAGGCAGCCGUGGCGGCUCAGGCAGCGGCCCUGGAGCAGCUCCGGGAGAAGCUGGAGUCUGGGGAGCCUCCCGAGAAGAAGAUGGCCCUGGUGGCGGACGAGCAGCACCGGCUCAUGCAGCGUGCACUGCAGCAGAAUUUCUUGGCCAUGACGGCCCAGCUGCCUAUGAGCAUUCGCAUCAACAGCCAAGCCUGCGACAGCCGCCAGGACCCCGCGGCGAACCUGGGCAGCCCCAACGGCAGCAACAGUAUUAGCAUGUCGGUGGAGAUUAACGGGAUCAUGUACACAGGAGUGCUGUUCGCUCAGCCACCCGCACCCGCGCCACCCUCAGCUCCCGGCAAAGGCGGCGGCGGCCGCGGAGGCAGCGGCGGGACCUGCAGCAGCGCCGGCAGCCAGGCCGGGCCGGUGGGGCUGUCCACACCCGCCACGUCUUCUACCUCAAAUAACUCAUUGCCUUAACCGCACCGCUCCCCACCCGCCCCCGCCGCCCCCGGGGAGCCCGCCGGGCUGGGGGGGCGAGGCGGGCCGCAGGGCCGGGCCGGCGGAAGACACGGGUGGGGAGGGCAGGGAUCCACAAAGGAGCCACAGCUAACGCCAAAAAGAAAAGAAAAAGGAAUAUAUAUACACAUAUAUAUAUAUAAAGAAAAUUUAAUAAAACAGGGGAAAACCAAGGAACACUUGAAUUACUCAGGUUCGGACAUUGAGAGACGUGGAUUGUGAGAACAGCGAAGGAGACCGGAGGAGCGAGGGGCGUGUUUCCGGGGCCGCGGCCCUGCGGGACCAGCUGCCGGGGCCGGGGCCGUGCCGACCGGUCGCCGUGGAGGCCGAUCCUGUUUACCUCAUACAUCUCUGCACUGUGCGUUUUCAUUUUUGUGUUUUCUUUUUUUUUUUUUUCCAUUCAUCACACACUCACCACACCCAGCUCCUUGUGUUGAAUGAACCCCUGAGCCAAGAUCAGCUGAAAUUUUUUUUUUUUCUUGUUGCUUUUGGAAACUUUUUUUUUUAUUUUUUAUAAGGAACAGUGAUACUCAAGAUCUAUAGGGUUUUAAUAAGAGGUUUCGGGGUUUUGUUUUUGUAAAUAAUCUAUUUUAUUCUUGGGGGAAGGAAUCAAACCUUAGGGAAAGGAUAUAUAUAUCUAUAUAUUUGCGUUCAUUCAGGGAAACUGGACUUGAAAAAGCAAAAAAAAAAAAAAAAAAAAAAAAACCGAAAAAGAAAAGUAAGACCCUUUCUAUAUUUCCCAUGACUGAUUUGGGUUCCUUUGUGUGUUUCCUGUGGUGUGGUGGGCGGCUGGCAGGCGCAGGCCGCGCCGGGCCAGAGCCAGGACAGGUGAUGAACUCAGGUGCUAUGGGCGGGGCCAGGGGCCAGGAUGGGGGUGCAGGCGGGGGCACCUGGGGGUCUCCCUCGCUGUGCUCGUGCGCUGCCCCCCCCCAGACUGGAAGUCUUAACGGGAGAGGAGGGGGCUCCACCCCUCGGCCCCAGGCUCCUGUCUCAGGGAUGAAUGUGGCCUGGGGACGCUCGAGGUUACCCGUGCAGGGGACGCGGGGGACGGGUGAGCCGGGCUUAGCUCAGGGCCAGGUUUUGGGGCCGCGGCAUCCCGAACACCCCCCCGCCCCAUCGUCUUCUCCUUAACUGUCUCUUCGUUCUCUCUCGGCCCCGCUUGCUUGGGGCCACAGCUCCCCGCGGUGACCAACUGGACACGGCGCCCGCCCCGCUCGACCCCGCGGUCCUGGUUAGAGGUGGGUGUGAGGGGGACACCGUGGGGCACCCGGGGGGCUCCUGGCGAGCCCGAGGCCCAGGGGCAGGUGCAUGCUGCUGCGCUGCCCUCGCGGGUCCCUGCUCCUUGCCGUGCGGGGUUCCCGUGGGGGCUCCGCUGUCCCCGGGGCCAGCCUGCCAGCUCUAAUUGGGCCCAGGAGCCCGGCCUCGCUCGGGGGUGGGGGGGGCAGUGCCCACCUGGCGGCCUCCCUGCCCCCCCACGAGGCCGCCUCCUGUCACCCGGGAGAGGGCCCAGGCCCGCGUCCUUGGGAGGGGGCCCCUCUGUGGGGGGAGGGCCCGGGCCUGCGUCCUUGGGAGGGGGCCCCUCUCUCUGGAAUCUCUCAGAUCGUGGGCACCCCCACAGCCCCCUCCCGGGAGCGGGCGGGAAGGAGCGCUGUUUCCUCCCCGCUCUUCCUUCUGGAAGGUUCUGGCCUUCCCUCGCUCACUGCAGCAGCACAAUCAUUGUGGGAGGGGGGUCUCCACACAGCGAAGCCCCCCGGCCUGCUGCCUUCAGGGCUUCCGGGGGGGGGGGGGUCUGCAGCGCGUUUCUUUCUACCUCAGGUCUGACUCGAUGCCAAACCCCCGCCCGGGCCCAGGGCGUCCGUGCGCACCGCCCUGCCCGGGCCCCUCCGCCUGGAGCCGUGCGCCCGCGGGGCCCCGUCGGGGGUGUCGCGUCCCGGCUGGAGCUCAGGGUGUCCUGCCGAGCGGCGAUGACUGUAGGGGCGGCCUCGGUGCCCCCCGCAGCCCCUGCGGCUCCGGCCCCGGGCGUAGGGAAGGGGCGGCCUCCAGGGGCCCAUCAGGACCCCCUCCUGCAAACUGGGGGACGGGGUCGGGGCGGUGGCUUGUGCGCUGUUCAUUCCCGGGCAGGUGGCGCUUUGCAGCACGGCGAGGGCAGGGACCCCAAACUCAGGGUGAAGAGGAGCCCCGGGGGCUCCCCUGCUGGCGACCUUGCUUCCAGAAUCUUCCGCGUGACCCCCUGAGCUGGGGGCUGGGCUGUCUGGGGCCGGGCGGCGGGUUAGUUUCCAUAGUUCUGCAUUUCUACACCACUUUCCCGCUUUUUUCACUUUUGCCUACUUUGUCCUCCCCCCUCCACCCCCCUUAAUUUUGCUUUUGCAUUUUUUUUUUUCCUUGGCAAACAUGAACUCAGCCUUUCAUUCCUGACAUGUGAAAUUUCAGUUUCUCUGGGGUUUGUCAGACGGCGUGGGUGCUGCGCCGGGACUCAGGUUAACGUGAAAAAAAACUUUUAAAAUAAAAGGUUUAAACGACUCUACCUCUGGCCGGGCCUGGCCUGUCGCGCCCUGGCCACGGCGGGGCAGCCUGUAUCGAUUUCAGUUUUUGCAGAACAUUCAGGUAUUAAAAGGGAAAAAACAAAAAAAACAACAAAAAAAAAAGACAAAAGACCUAAAAAAAGAAAACCAUAAAAAAAAGGAAGAAAAAAAAGGUGUGUGAUUUUGAAAUUUAAAAGAACACUGAAAGUUUACAUUUUAUAACAUUAUUAUGCAGAUUGUAUUUAAACUUCAGAAAUAUUUAAGACAAUUGUAACCCUGUAAAGCUGAUGAGAUAUUAAAACAAAACACUUCUGACA